AUGAAUCAAAAUACUACCACCUUCUCUUUUCUUUUAAGCGUUAUCCUCUACGCCUUCCUUUUAUUCCGUCUUGUCCCCUCGCCUUCUGUUGUACCAAGAGAAAGUGUUCUACAGGCAAAGUCUUCAAUCGCCGAACUCCCAACUCCUACCACCGAUGAGGAUCGGAAGAUUGAUAUUCGUCGUCUCUCCCGUCAUGUUCUCUUCAGUGGAACUCGGGUACUGCAAGCACGAGAGUCUCCUGAUGGACAUCUUGUAAAGGCUGUAGUACUACGAACUGGUUUUCUCACUGUAAAAGGUGACCUAGUUCGUGCUAUUUUACAUCCCAAACCCUUGGAUAUUGACUUUAACUUGGACAGCUUUCGAUUCCUUGCCAUCAUGGCUGUCAUCGCAAUCUCGGGAUUCAUCUACACAUGGGUCAUUCUUGACAAAGAAUUUUCGCAUCGGAGCGCUAAAAAUGUGGAUGUCUUCUUUCAGCAUCAGUACCGAUUUGGGGUGGGUAAAAUGAUACGAAAGUCGCUGGACAUUAUAACUAUCGUGGUCCCACCAGCACUGCCUUCAGUGAUGACUACGGGUCUCUACUUGGCACAGAUGCGGCUUAAGAAGCAGGGUAUCUUUUGUAUUAACCCUUCAGCAAUCAAUGUUGCUGGCACUCUCAAUACAGUCGUCUUUGACAAGACAGGAACUUUAACGGAGGAACACAUGUCAGUAAGUGGAGUAUGGAAAAGUGGACUAUCCUGCGACCCUCCCCAACUCUGUAAGAUGGAGCAGGUUUCAAAUAUACCUGGACCUCUCUCAGCCGUUCUGGCUGCAUGUCAUUCCUUGACAUUUGAUCUCACCACGUGCAAGAUUUUCGGUGAUCCUUUGGACAGGGUUAUCUUCAUCUCUACCAACUGGAGUCUUCAGGAAAGCAGUCUUGAAGAAGCUGCUUCAAGAUUCACCUCACCCAUCCAAGCUGUUAUUUACAAUGCUAAAAUUGAGAGCACAUCGCCAUGGCAACAAUUAGGGGUUCUGCGACGUUUUCCUUUCUCUCCUACCGCUCAGAGGCAAUCAGUUGUCGUGGAAACAGUAGGGAGCGAAGGCGAGAUCGUGGUGCUUAGCAAGGGUGCUCCUGAGGCCAUAGUUAGGCAUUGCGAUUUUCAAACUGUGCCAAAAGAUUUUGAAAACAAACUGAGCUACUUUGCAAGGCGGGGUCAUCGAGUUCUAGCGCUGGCUUGGAAACCCAUUUGUCGUACAACGAACAGUGAAUCAGGGGAAAGUGGGGGAGUCUGGAUGAAAAUCUACCAAUUCCAAAAGCGCGAAGAUUUUGAAUGUGAUCUGCGCUUCCUUGGACUAGUUGUACUCAACAAUCCCCUAAAACCGGAGUCUGAACCGACAAUCAGUGAACUCUUGAAUGCCAAUUUUCGUGUGAUAAUGGCUACGGGAGACAAUCUUCUCACCGGCGUUUCAGUCGCUCGUCAGUGUGGCAUUAUCAAGGCGACAGACGUAGUGGUUCAAGUGACUCCCUCAAAUAACAUCGUCAGAACAGCUUCCUCGUCCCCUUCGUCCUCCUCCCCUUCCUCGUCUCUCCUUACAUUUGAGGUUCUUACAACUUCAGACGAUUCUGAAAAAUUUGAAAAUUCUGUAUGGAUAGGCAAGAUCUUGGAGAAACUUGCACAAUCGGUCUCUCAAUGCAUUGGCAGCACCGUUGUUUUCACCGUAGACAGUGGUGAAGAUUCUGCUGGUAUCUCUGAGAGUCUUCGUCUAGUCAUGACUGGCACAACAUGGAAUUUCAUCCGAAUGCAUGCGCCGCAUUUUUUAUCAACCGUUGUGUCGUACGGUACCGUCUUCGCUCGCUUCCUCCCUGACGAUAAGACGAGCUUGAUUGUUGCAUUGCAAACAAAGGGAGGUCGUGAAGGUGGUGCACUACGGCGAGUGGGUAUGUGUGGUGAUGGGGCCAAUGACUGUGGUGCUCUCAAGGCUGCCUACAUUGGUGUCGCCUUGAGUGACUGCGAGGCCAGCAUUGCGGCCCCUUUUACUGCACGUCAACAGAAUAUCCUCUGCGUGGCAAAUAUCCUCAAGUCAGUUUACUGUCACGAUUUAUUUCUUACCAACGGUUUGCUGGUCGGCAGUAUUGGCAACACACUCACUGAUCCUGAAUACCUAAUCAUCGACCUGUUUAUUGUUGCACCGCUCUGUGUUACAUAUGCAGUAAGUCGACCAUGGGAAAAAUUGGAGGCCAGUACAAUUCCACUUCGACUAAUGACUCCUUCAAACCUCGCUUCUGUUUUCCUUCAACUCUUCCUAGCUGUGGCAACACAGAUCGUUAUUUUCAUCGGGGUUCAGCAUCAACCCUGCCUAGACAGUGCCGGCUCUUACGAAACGACUAGUCUCUUCUACUUCUCUUGUUUUCAAUACAUCUUCAUGUGUGUAGCUUUAGCCAAGGGUCCACCAUUCCGAGACCGGGUUUAUAGAAAUAGUAAGUUCAAGUCACCUUAUUCACGGGUUCACACCACAGGAAUCUUCCUACUUAAUGUGAUAAUCCUUGUAAAUUUCACUCUGGGUCUGCUAAUCUUCCCAACGAAGCCGCUUAGUGAAUGGGCAAAGCUUCUUCCUCUGUAUGGCCCGAACGAUGUUGGAUUUCGGAAGAAUGCCUUCUCUAUCGCUAUAAUCGCAAUGGCUUUUCUCCACUUUAUGAUGGCUAUCGCCUUUGAAGCACUAAUUGACGUGGUCUCGCACGAUCGCAGCGCGACACACUAUUGA